UGUUUGUUCCGGUUUCUCUUCUGACCGUUCACCCGACCCCGAUCAGUGACGUCACGACAACGGCUAUGCAUUUGACGUCACGGACACGAACCCAAUUACGUGCACAGUCGAUAACACCAAGUUUGAAAUCAAAACGGUUGGAUCAGCCUACGAACUUUGGCUGAAGGCGGGGUCAGCGAGUACGCUGAAUCAUGACGUCACCGCUGUAGAAUCCAUGACGAUCACGUGCAGUGACGGGACGGACCAAAUCACCAGCAGUUACAAGGUGGACAUUUCGGACGCGGCCCCCGUUCUAACCAAUUUUGCCGGUACUUCCGGUCCGCUGGGUGACCUAUCGCCAGUGGGCACUUCCGUACAUCAGUUCACCGUUACCGACCAGGAUGACGCUAUUUCCUGUUCCAUCAACGCGCCGGAGAGUGCAAAGUUUGGCAUCACCAAGGUGGAUACCGCUACCGGAGCUCAACGGUUCGACGUCAAGACGAUUGCCCUGCUUGAUUACGACUCUGCUACGAGUUAAACGAUCACCGUCACGUGCACUGAUGCUAUCAACACUGUGACGUCAUCAAGGACCAUCAAUAUAGCCGAUGACGUAA